CCCCAACCCGGAACCCAGAGCAUGAGCUGCGUGCGAGCUGUGCUGCUGGCCCAGUGCCUCCCUAGGAGCCGAGCAGGCGUCCAAAAUGCCGUCCUCCCUGGAGCCCUCUUCUCCCAGGUGCCACCCUUCCUCCCCCGGGGCCUCCACUGCAGCAGCUCGCCCCUCUCCUCCGUGAAGGCCCCCGUCCCCCGCCCACCCGAGCCUGGGAAGAAGCCCGGAGAGGUUCGAGCACCCCACGAGGAGCUGUUCCAGCCGGCGCCAGGCGGCGCCCGGGACAAGGCCAGCUUCGCGCUCGCCGUGCAGAACUUCGGGCGGCACAGCGUGCGCAAGCGCGGCCACGUGGACUUCAUCUACCUGGCGCUGCGCAAGAUGCCUGAGUUCGGCGUGGAGCGCGACCUGGCGGCCUACAACCUGCUGCUGGACGUGUUCCCCAAGGAGGUCUUCCGGCCGCGCAGCGCCUUCCAGCGCAUCUUCACCCACUACCCGCGGCAGCAGGAGUGCGGCGUGGCCGUGCUGGAGCAGAUGGAGCGCCACGGCGUGAUGCCUAACAAGGAGACCGAGUUCCUGCUGCUGCAGAUCUUCGGGCGCGGCAGCCACCCCAUGCUCAAGUACGUGCGCAUGCGCCUGUGGCUCACGCGCUUCCAGAACAUCAACCCCUUCCCGCUGCCGCACGAGCUGCCCCAGGACGUGGUGGAGCUGGCCACGCUGGGCCUGAGGCGCGUGGAGCCCGACCUCAGCGCCAGGGUCACCGUCUACCAGAAGUCUCUGCCUGCUGACACGACAGACCCCGUGGACCCCAUUCAGCCCCACAUCGUAGGCAUCCAGAGCCCGGACCAGCAGGACGCCCUAGCCCGCCACAACCCAGCCCGGCCUCUCUUUGUGGAGGGACCCUUCUCCCUGUGGCUGCGGAACAAGUGUGUCUAUUACCACAUCCUCAGGGCUGACCUGCCGCCCCCGGAAGAAAAGGACGUGGAGGAGAUCCCGGAGGAGUGGAACCUCUACUACCCGAUGAAGCUGGACCUGGACUAUGCAAGGAGCAGCUGGGAUGACUACGAGUUCGAUAUCGACGAAGUGGAGGAAGGCCCAGUCUUCGCUAUAUGCAUCGCGGGAGCCCACGACCAGGAGACGCUAGCCAAGUGGAUCCAGGGCCUGCAGGAGGCCAACCCGGCCCUGGCCCGCAUCCCCGUGGUCUUCCGGCUGGCUGGGUCCAGCGGGGAGCUGCGGACGGCAUCAGGACUAGAGGAUUCACGCCAGACCCGGCGCGAAGGCCAGGUGGACCAUGAGCAUCUGCAGCGACAGCAGCAGAGCCAGAGUUGAAUCUGACCAUGCAGGGACCUCACGAGGCCGUGGAUGGUGCGCAAGUGCAAGAUGAGCUUUGCCUGUACAGCAAAUAAAAGUUUUCCGCCUUG